AUGGAGACUACAUCUGUCGAUUUGGGUUUUCUAGAACCCUGUGAACCGUGGCUACUAUCGAACAAGUAUUUCCGCAGCAAGGUUGGAGGAAAGCCGGCCUGGCUAGAAUUGAAAAACUUGCCGAAACCUGACGAUCUGCUGUGCGGACAGUGCAAUGAGCCAUCUGGAUUUCUCUGUCAGGUUUACGCUCCGGUUGAAGGAAACGAUAACAGCUUCCACAGAACGUUGUACUUGUUCGUGUGUUUAACAGCAACAUGCAAUCUGUCUCCCGACGCACGUACCAUCAAAGUACUAAGAAGUCAACUACCAAGACGAAAUGAUUUUUACGCUUAUGAUCCACCAGACGAAUCAACGGAAUCGCCUGCGGUAAAAUCUCCAAUUCCUUUGUGCGUUGUGUGUGGUUGUCGGGGACCGAAGCUUUGCUCCCGUUGUAAAUCCAUUAAUUACUGCAGUGCAUCGCACCAACGACUCGAUUGGAAAGCGUCCCACAAAGCUGUGUGUAGUGAGGAAGGUGUAGCUACCCCGGGAACAGUUACCGGAACAAGUUCCAUUCUAUUUCCUGAGUUUGAAAUCGUAACCGAAGCAGAAGAAUAUGAACCGAAAGCAAAACUCUCCGAGGAAGAGAACACAAAGCGUCAAAUGGCAGAACUGGAGCGACUAAAACAGGAAGGUAAAGCGGGUGCUUUGGAUGAUCUGCCCGAGGCGGAGCUGGAUAAAUAUUCGGCCGAUCAGGUGGAAGAUAAAACGUUCGAUAAGUUUAAGGAACGCAUUUCUGCAGAUCCCGAGCAGGUGUUGCGGUACGAACGCGGCGGCAAACCAUUGUGGUUGUCGCCCACGGUCCCGAAGAACAUUCCUUCCUGCGAACGAUGUGCCGGUCCGAGAGUGUUUGAAUUUCAAAUCAUGCCUCAAAUGUUAAACAGCUUGAACAACGACCGGCUGGACUGGGGUACACUAGUGUGCUACACCUGCGAAGCAAGCUGUGACAUUCAAGGUUAUACGGAAGAAUUUAUCUUCCGACAAGACGUGCUUAAUACGGAUACGGCAAAUAAGUAA